AUGAUAUUAUUAUAUUUAAAAAAGGUUUUUAAUGCAUAUUAUAAUAGCGUUAAAGUGAAUCUUACAUAUACUGGUAAACGAAAGGCUGAGGAGGAAUAUGGUGUGAUUGCGCCUAAGCGUCGCUUCUUCGCUUCCGCUAACGAGGCUUAUCCCGAUUCUAACUUCUUUAUUGAACCUGAAGUCGAAGUCGAAAAAGUGGCACAAUUUCUCCUUCAACGUAAGUUCACUCUUUUGUUUGGGCAUUGCCAAAGUGGCAAGUCUACAACCUGUCAUGCGAUUCUACGAUGGUUUCGAGAUCAUCCGGAAAAGAUUAGAGAAGCUGGGUUUGAUCCACAGAAAUUGGAGAUUCGAAUGGUGACUUUCGACGCCACUGUUAAUACUAAAGAUCCUUCUGUGCUCUGGGAGAGUAUAUGCAAAAAAUUCCGAACUACAGACCGAAAACUGUUUAGUUUUGAUACAGCCGAGAAAUGUACGUCCAGCACCUUCCAGGAUUUCUUUUCAAAAAGAUAUCUCCUCUCACCAAAGCCAAUUAUUCUCAUCGUUGAUGAGGCUUCGCGCCUGUCCGCUGGCGAUGACUGCACUGUGGAAUUCAUUGAUUCAUUGCGGACACUCAAAGGUGACCGUGUUAACUUUUGUCUCAUUUCUAUUAUACUCGUUGGCACAGCAACCAUUAGGGAUUUUCUGAUUUCUCACCAAAGACCUAACGCUAUAUCCAAAAUUUCGCCAUUUUCGGCGGAGGCAUGCUUGACAUGCAGUCAGUUUACUAAGGCUGAAGUUGAAGAUCUUUUUAAACAGUUCGCCACCAGUAUCAAUGAUAGCUUCGAUUUUAUCAAUAUCGCGCCGGAUAUUUUCGAGUUCACCCUUGGCCAUAAGGGUCUCGUUGGUGCUUGCGGUGAUUAUAUUCAAAAUGCCCAUUCUUAUAAUAAUACUCCUAUUCAAACGCUCGAUGAUUGA